GAUAAAGAAUUAGGAGACCUGCUUCGAUGACCUGCGGCUACCGGUAGAGUGAUCGCUGUCAGUCAGACAGGUGUCAUGGCAGUGUCCGGCAGAUUUGUGUUCACUUUAUUGUGUUGUGUUGUCAGCUUUCAGCAUGCGUUAUCUGCAUGUCCCGGUGGAUGGUUAACCGUAGGUACGGGGACUGCAGCGCAGUGCUACAGGCUUUUCCCAGCGGUAAGACAAACCUUCGCUGCUGCGCAGUCGUACUGCGCACACCAACAACCACCUGGUUAUCUAGCCAGAGAUUUGUCAACGGUGACACACGCCGCACUUAAGACGCGUAUCGCAAGUGCAAGAACAACUGUGCCGGCCCCUGAUUCUUUUUGGUUCGGUUUAACAGAUAACAACACAAAUAAUGGACCAUGGAGAUGGGAUAAAGGGCCAGUUGUUGGUACAUACAGGCCAUUUUUCACCAACUUCAAUAAUACACUAAACCGAUUGGACUGUGGAUAUCUUGUAACUGCUGAAGCUGAUCCAAAGUGGCAUGUAACCACUACCUGUGCUGCUCUUAAAGCUGUAAUAUGUCAAGUGGACUUCAACGCUGCAGCACAAAUCACAACAAGACCAACCACACCAGCCCCUGUCUUCUGCCCUGGGGGUUGGACAGUUUACCAACAAAAACGAACUUGUCUACAACUCAACACUAAUUUGAAGACAUGGCCAGAUGCAAGAGGCUACUGUAAAGCUAAUGGAGGGGACCUUGUGAAAAUUGCUGACAGUGAAUUUAAUGGUUUUGUUAAUGGGUUAGUGACUUCUCUACAAGGGGAUUAUUGGAUUGGAUUAAAUGAUCAACGCAGAGAAAAUGCAUUCGGUUGGCUUGAUGAAACUACGACAGCGGCCUUCACAUCUUGGGCUCCAGGUGAACCAAACAAUGCCAAUCAAAAUGAGAACUGUGCCUCUCUAUCAGCGUCUAGAGGCUACAAGUGGAACGACGCUCCAUGUGAUACCCUCUACAGAUUCAUCUGUCAGCAUGUGCCUUUAACAAAUGGAGUAACACCAGUAGUUCGUACGACUCCACCUAGUGUGAACUGUGGUGCAGGGUGGGAGGAGGACCCAAACUCAGACAACUGCUACCAGAUAAACAUUAACAUGAUGAGCUGGACAGAUGCGCAGACAACCUGUCAGACCGCUGGUGGUCAACUGGCCUCUAUCAACAGUGUAGAGGAGCAGUUCUUUCUUUCAGCGCGUUCAAUGUCAUACGCGGGUAACAUGUUCUGGAUUGGUGCCAAUGACAGGGCUACUGAGAAAGGUUGGCAGUGGAUCAACAACUCACCAUUUGGUUUCUUAAACUGGGAUUCAGGCCAGCCUAAUAAUGCUCAAGAGUCUGAUUGUGCAGUAAUGAUAAAAUCAUCAGGACGGUGGGAUGACCUCCCUUGUAAUAACCGUUAUGGAUUUAUUUGCAAAAAGAAAGGGAGAGUUACUUUAUCUACACCAAGACCAGCCUCAUCACCAGCAGGAAUCCCAGCUGACAAAAUGUGGGGGUGUCCAGGGGGCUGGACAAGCUAUGGUGUUUCCUGUUACGCCAUGUUUUCGUAUCCGGAUGGGGUCACGUUUUCUGAUGCCAGCACAUUCUGCUCUCAAAAACAGGCUACGCUUGCUUCAAUUGCGAAUGAUGCUGAAAAUAGGUACAUCUUCAGCCAGAUCACUAGAGGUUAUAAUGAUGGAGUCUGGAUAGGUCUCAAUGAUCAAAAAAGGGAGAACAGCUUUGAAUGGACAGACAACUCUCUGGUUACUUAUACUAAUUGGAACCCAGGAGAGCCCAACAAUGUGAAUCAAGAAGACUGUGUCACUAUGCUAGCAAAUGCUAAUGGUAAGUGGAAUGACGCUACUUGUGAUUCCAAAUACAAGUUGAUUGCAUGUAAGCAAGGAAAAAAAGUCGUACCCAAAAACGGAUCGCCUGAACAGCAAGGAUGUCCUGCAAACUCAAUAGGUUAUGGAGCCUCAUGUUAUAGCUACAAUGAUGCAGCAGUAAACUACAACCAAGCCAAAGCAGCUUGUGUAAGCAAGAGUGGAACUUUAGCCACUGUGGAUAAUGUUCAGAUCCAGUCAUUUUUGGCAGCUGAAUUGUUUGGAAAAACCAUUGAGGCCUAUUGGAUUGGUUUGUCUGCAACAAGCAACGUUUACAGAUGGGUUUCAAAUGUUCCAUUCUCUUUUACAUCAUGGAGCAACACUCACACAGGUAAUGCCAAUGAAGCCAACACAUGUGUGGGUAUGCAAACAGCAAGGCCUACAGGAUUGUGGGUAAAUUACAACUGUGGCAAAACACUGCCUUACAUUUGUGAAACAAGACGCACUGGUUUUACCACACCCAGGACCACACCAUCCACAACCCCCACCUUGCCCUGUCCGGCUGGGUGGACAGCCAGGGGAAGUUUGUGUUACAUGCCUUUCAUCAUGCCCACCAAUGCUACUCUCCCAUGGGCCAGUGCCAAAGAUUACUGUGCAAGCAGAGCUAGUGGUGGCACCUUGAUCUCUAUUCCAAAUUCUGCUUUUGAAACUUGGGUCAGAACAACUUUAUUGAAAAACACUGCCGGAACUUACUGGAUAGGUUUAAAUGAUAGGGAUACUGAGGCUGGCUACAAAUGGACAGAUGGGUCAGGGGUCACAUAUACCAACUGGGCACCAAACCAACCAGACAACAUGUUAAAUUCAGAAGAUUGUGUUCAGUGGGCUUUACCUGCCAAUAAGUGGAAUGACAACUACUGCUAUGUUGCCAACAGUUUCAUUUGCCAAGCACCCAGAGGAGCUGUGGUUCCCACAACUAGACCAACUAUAACACCUGGACAUAGCUCUGCACAAUGUGGCAACUCCUCAUGGACACUGUACAACAACUUCUGCUACUUUGUGAGCGCACCAGGGGGCGACUCUUCUCUGGCCAGUUGGUUUGAUGCUCGUCUGACAUGUAAGAAUAUGGGAGCUGAGCUUGCAAGCAUAGCUAGUGAUGAUGAGAAUGGAUACAUCACCACAAUGGUUAGCCAAAAUCCAGUGGAUUCCUUCUGGAUUGGAUUAAAUGACCUUGACCUGUUUACCUAUGGAUGGACAGAUCUUAGUCCAGUGUCUUAUAUCCACUGGGGACUUAAUCAGCCUGAUGAUGCAUAUGGUGCAGAAAGAUGUGUUGAAAUAGGCUCAACAGGCUAUUGGAAUGAUAAUUUCUGUCAAGAGAAAAGAGGAUUUGUGUGUAAAAAGAGAUUGAAUGGUUACACCCCACCAACGUUGGCGACUCCCAGUUUGAAAGGUGGAUGCCCAAGUGGAUUUCACUCUCUGCCUUCUUUGAGAAAGUGUUUUGCUGUUGGUGGAACAACACCAGCCACACGUAAAACUUUUGAGGAGUCUUUCAAAGCAUGCGAGCUUAUGGUUCACAAGUCUACUCUGGCGUCGAUACACAGCAACCUGGAAGAAAAGUUUCUAAUUACCCUAAUUGCUGACCUGACAACGCCUGCUUGGAUUGGCCUAAAUGACAGAAAAACCAGAAACCAAUUUGGGUGGAUGGACAACCAAAAUGUAGAUUUUGUUUACUGGGGCUUAAGGCAACCAGAUGAAAAUUUAAAUGACAACAAUCCAAACAAUAGAAGAGACUGUGUAGACAUGGAGCUAGGCGUACAGACCAUUGGAAAGUGGGAUGACAAAAGGUGUCUUGACAAAUAUGCCUAUAUCUGUGAAAGCAACAAAGGUGAAAUGUUGCCUACAGAAGCUCCAAACAUACAGGGUUGUCCAAAUGGCUAUACAAGAUUCAGGAGCAGCUGUUACAGGUUUUACGCUUUCACCUUCAACUGGACAGAUGCUGAAGGCUACUGUGUAGCUGAAGGUGGUCAUUUGGUCAGUUUGGAUAGUGUCGCUGAGCAGGCCUUUAUUGAAAUAUUAACCCAGAAAAUUGAUGCUGUACAGAUGUGGGUUGGCUUGCGAUUUACUUUUACAACACAAGGAUUUGCUUGGUCUGAUGGAUGGCCAGUGGCCUUCACCAACUGGGGUCAAGGCCAGCCAGCACUAACUGGCAUGGAUUCUUGUGCCAGUCACACCAUUGAUGGCCAGUGGCAGGAUGUGCCUUGUGUUAUGCAGCUGAACUUUGUUUGUGAGCAGAGCUUAGUCCCACCUCCAACACCUAAGCCAACGAUACCAGUGACUCUCGCAGCAUGCCCUGACAGAAACUGGCAAUUAAAUGGCGCCUACUGUUACUAUUUUGAGAAAAGACUCCCCAAAACUUGGCCAGGUGCCAACUAUGCUUGCCGUAUGCUUGGUGCUGUCCUUCUGACAAUACACACAGAUGAUGAGGCCAGAUACCUGACUGGUUUGGUCACAAGUUCUCACUUGGAUUCUUGGAUUGGUCUCAACAGGGGGGAAGGACAUGGCUUUGCCUGGGCUGAUUCUUCACCGCUAGAGUAUCUUUUUUGGGACAUGAAUGAACCAAGCGACCCAGAAGCUGCUAUGCAUCAAGAUUGUGUUAAGAUGUCUCGACAAAACGGAAUGUGGUCUGACACUAACUGCUUUGAUAACAAUGCCUACAUUUGUAAGAUGCCAUCAUCAUUAGCAACAACUCAAACCACUCAAUCGGCUGUCAUAACAACCAACGCACCAGCUGUCCAGUCGUCUGGUGGACAGAUUAUACAAAGCACAAGUGGCCAGGUACAACCAGUGAAUACAAAUGGCCCAGCUACCAGUGGCCAGGUUGUAACGUCUGGUGGUGAUCAGAAUAAGCCCAUCACAAGUAAAUACACUUCAGACUCUGGUGGAAGUUCAGGCUUGAGUGGUGGGUCCAUUGCUGGAAUUGUCAUUGGAUGUCUAGCCAUUAUAGCUGUGACUGUUGUGGUCAUAUUUGUGGCCAUGCGCUAUUUCAAUUUGCAAAGUAUGUUUCUAUCGAUGAGGUCAUCUCCUAGCUCUGGUUUUGACAACGCCACCUACAGCAGUGGAGAUAAAGUGAAGCUGUCUGUUAGCGAUGCGUAGUAGCAAGCUAUGUGUAAAUUUGGAUGUUUUAUAUUCUCAAGAGAAUUCUAUUUGAAUAUUUAAAAAAAAGACCGUUCAAACUUAUUUACUAAGUGCCAUAUGUAUUUCGUUCGCUCAAAAUAUUUAAUAUGAUAAAUAUUACUCAGAAAAUGAUUUCUAUUACCAUUACUGUUACAGUGAAGUAUUUUCUUUUGGAGUAGACUUGAACUUAUCAUCGGAGAUAAUAAUGAGUUAGCAUAUAGCUGUUGCAUAGAUUGAGUUCGAGUGUGUUAACAAUGUUUUUAUUAAAAAAAAUGCUGAGUGCCAUUUUACUCAAAUAUAAUUCCUAUCAGAGUCAAUUAUGUUGUAGAUUUAAAAGAUAACACAAAUUUGACAUCAGUAUUUACUAUUUAAAAAAACCUUAGAUGUUGAUUUUUUUCAAGUUUCAUGUCAUCUCAUAAUAUAUUUAAUGUUUAUAUAAUUAUGUGUCUGUUAAUUUGAUCAAUUACUUUUAAGUAACUUUUGUAAAUAUUUAAUUCGAAUACUUGGACAUGAUUUGCACUGUACAGAUAUUUCAUUAAAAUUCAUCCUUCACAAAUA